ACAUUUGGACAGGUACAUGGGUAGAAAGGUUUAGAGGGAGAUGGAUGGGGCUUAUUGGUCGGCGUGGACGUUGGGCUUGUUUCCGUGCGGUGUGACUCCAAAUCGAAGUAGUGCAGAGCACUAUGAAAGUUAUUAAUGGAACAACGUCAUCCCUCGGGAUGCCGAGCUCCUGGUGCCGUGGAGUAAGGAGCGGUGCAGCGCCGGGCAAGCGUGCGCCAGUUAUGCUCUGCUGUUGACAGUCGUAGCUACCUCUGCCAGUGGAUUCCACACAUACCGCAGUUGCAGCCCCAGCGCGGCCCCCGGCCUGGGAGGGCGGCCGCUCCUGCGGAAACCCAGGCUGCCAAUCACCCGCCGCUUCGCUGGGUCCCUAGUGCUGCACCGCCCGCACGGUUCCGGGAGCAUGGGCCGAGCCUGCCCGUGGGGGCCGUACAGCCUGUGGUUGCUCGCCGCCUGCUUCGGCACACACGACGCGGGCGCGGCUCCAGCGUCUGCGGCCCCGGCUCCUUGCCUCAGCCCAAGCGAGCAGCGCAGAUUCUCUGAACAUCCCCGGAGGAUCCCUCCCACUAACGAGUGCAUGUUGAACUGUACCGUGCGGACGUACAUGAAAAUCCUCCGACAGCAGAAAAGAAUGACGGUCCGCCUACACAACUCAGUGACAGCCAGUGAGAAUGAGUACUGCUGGCCCUCCUACUUGCGCUGUUGGAACGGUGAGCAGCUGGACAAAGCCUUUGUGUUCUUGGACACGGAUGAGGGAAAAGUCAACGCGUCUGCGAGUUACGGACUGAGCUCAGCCACAGCAACGUCAGCCCACGGAGUGCAGGUGGCACCGCAGGCUGCCAGCUCCGUCAUGAGCGAGCUGUGCGGCAUCAAGUUCGACACAACAACCCUCUUCAAAACCACAGCCAGUAACUUCUGCGUGCAGGUCACCUGUCAGGACACUAUUUCCACCUCAUGUGGCUCACUGAACACCACCCUGAAGUGUCCGCCGUUCUUGGCGACCGUGUGGUCCAGGUUCUAGCAGCCUGUGUGCUGAGGGAUGGAUGGUGGACACUGUCCGCAGUGAACUUAACACAGCAACACUUUCUAAAACUAUUUUUUUGUUGAACAGAAGAGUCAAAAUAUUUAGAACUGUUACAAAAUGGUGCCCCAGAAAUGCUGGGUGCCCCUCAUUUUACAGAGAGGACAAAUUAUUUUUUUUAUAAAUCCUUGUUUUGUGUAUGUCUGUGAAUUCAACACAAGGCACUAGAUCAGUUCUUGACGCUGCUGAACAUCUGUCAAGCAGUCAGUGCAAGUCAACAUCAAAACGGGACGGCCCCACCAAAGGGGAGACUCAAGUACAGGAGAUGAGCUCCCCAGUACACUCCUGGGGCCUAGUGCGGAGGAUGAUACACAGGGGCAUUUUUGAAAGAUCAGACUGUGAGUGUGUGUUUGGCUGACAAGACAGAUCUGAUCGGUCAGAGAGUCUGACCAUUAUCCAUGUUGAUGUGGGCAGGUGGGCUACACCAAGCUGAGUGUAGAGUAGUUACUGAUGGGAAGUGGGGCAGGGAUUUGUUUAGAAACUCCAGGAAUGCACAUCUAGUGUUCGCAAGUGAAUCCAGUGAAAACACAUUGCACAACACUGAAUCCACUCUGGUGGAUAUUUGCUUAGUCUAGUGCAAUAUAGUAUAUUUCUCUCUGAA